CAUGGAAACCACUCUGUUAUAACAGAAUGUCUGAGUCCUGGACAAACGCUCAAUGUGUGACGAAAACACCCACAGGAAAAAAAAUCGAUCAUGUGCCCCUUGUGUAAACAGCAGAAGAGAGGCAGGUGCGCACACAUGGCUGGAGAUCAUGAUUGAGCUGUGCCAAAAAACACCAACCCUGCCCCCUCCCAGACGAAAAAAGUAUGUGAAAAAGACAGUUUGUGACAAGUGACAAAGCAGCUGCAGAAAGCAGCCUGUUGCCGGCACACAUGUGUCUGCUUCCUGAAAUUUGACUUUGGAUUGAUUGAUCAACAUUACCCAGAGGAGGAAGUAUCACCCCACCACCACCGACACCAUUUUAGGUCAGAUUGAAUUCCCGGUCAUUACAUCCAACUUUUCGGAGCACACAGUAGAAGAUUAAGGCAAGAUUAAAAGCUGAGAUAUUCAGAUAACCUAACACAGGCUGGACCUUGGUAAAAUUGUAAGUGUAGGUUCAGCUACAGUUUUGUCUAGUCUAAUGCUGAAGACCCAAUAUAAAUGCUUUUCCUUAAGUGGUUCUCAACAUCUCUUCAUGGGACAACGUCAAUGACUUGGUAGUUAUAGUUUCCAUAUUAAACAGCUUUAUUAUCAGAACCCUGUUUCAGCUGACCAUGAACGCUACAACAGUGAACCAGUCGGAUUGUCCCGAGGUGAAGGUGCCUUUCCUUGUCUUCUUCACCAUCGGAGUAGUGAGCCUGGCAGAGAACCUCCUGGUUGUGGUGGCCGUCAUACGCAACAGGAACCUGCACUCGCCCAUGUACUGCUUCAUCUGCAGCCUGGCUGCCUUCAACACCAUCGCCAGCCUCACCAAAACCUGGGAGAACCUGAUGAUUGUGUUUGCUGACGUGGGGCAGCUGGAGAAGAAAGGUUCCUCUGAGACAAAGCUGGAUGAUGUGAUCGACUCACUUCUCUGUAUGUCCUUUGUUGGCUCUAUUUUCAGCUUCCUGGCCAUUGCUGUAGACCGUUACAUCACCAUCUUCCAUGCGCUUAGAUAUCACAACAUCAUGACAAUGCGGCGCACAGGGGUCAUCUUAGGUGUCAUCUGGACAACAUGCGGGGUGUCAGCUGUGCUCAUGGUGAGGUUCUUCGCCUCCAAGUUCAUCAUGAUCUGCUUCGUUGUAUUCUUUGUCAUCUCCUUGGUGAUCAUCUGCUUCCUCUAUGUCUACAUGUUCAUGCUGGCACGCAUCCAUGCCAGAAAGAUUGCAGCUCUUCCCACCAGUGGAGGUGGGAAGUGUCGGCGACAACGGUGGCGGGGCAGCAACAUGAGAGGGGCCCUGACUCUAACCAUCCUUUUUGGGGCAUUUGUUGUUUGUUGGGCACCGUUUUUCCUCCACCUCAUCAUCAUCACUGUGUGCCCCAUGAACCCGUACUGUGAGUGUUACCGAUCACUGUUCCAGCUGCAUAUGGUGCUGCUGAUGAGCCAUGCCCUCAUUGACCCAGCUAUCUACGCCUUCCGCAGCGCUGAGCUCAGACACACCUUCAGGAAGAUGCUUCUUUGUUCAGACUGGAUGCGGUGCUUAUAGAGACAUUCUAUUUACACCUUUUAUAUUACCCUUUAUGUAUCCAAGGACAGCCAUCAGAGAGCAGACUGCUUUACAUUCAUUGGGUUGCAUAUAUUCACACCUCUGAGUCAACACCACAUACGGUACUAUAGACCUGCACUGCCACUAAGUAGCUGUGGGUUCUCAAGGGUAUAUCUGCAGUAAUUGUUAACAAACCAGUGUGUAUGAUUUAGUGGCAUCUAGCAGUGAGGUUGCAGAUUGCAACCAACUGAAUACCCCUGCCCUCACCCUUCCCCUCCUAGUGUGUAGGUGAACCUACGGUGGCUGCGAAACUUGCAGAAAACAUGAAAGGCUCUUUAGAG